UUUAGUUUAGUCUCCACAAUGAUAAUGAAGUCUGUGCAUUUAAUAUUUCUAAUUUAUCUUUCUGUUUCCUAUUAUGGAGAGUGUACCUCAAAUCCAUCGGAAACUGUGAAAUUUGUUACAAAAUUCGACCAAAAAACCAGUGAUGAUUGGAAGAGCGAUCUUUUAGAGCCUGAAGCUUUAGAAAAUGAUAAAUCUUACUUCACUGCACCUCAAGCUCGUCUAGACCGUGAACACAAUCAAGAUGUUAAAAAGAUAUUAUCCGUCAAUGAAGAAACAGAAAUGAGUGAAUAUGAACUAGAAGAUCUAAACGUGGAAAGUAACAAAAGGACCGUGCGCCAAGUAAACACUGCAUAUUCGAGCAUUUAUCCUACUUUGACGCCGCAAAAUCCAAUAUAUCCUUAUAGACCAGGCAGUAAUCAAAACACUUAUAACCCUUCGCAAUCGAAUCACCAAACUCAACCAUAUUAUCAACAACCACCAGCUCAAAACCCAUUUUUAAAUAAUACGAGCUAUAGUAAUCCAAGUAAUCCAGGAUAUUAUAACCAAGGUUCUGUUUACAAUAAUAAUCUAUCCAAUACGAACUUUGCCAAUAAUAAACCUUAUCCACAAUAUAACCAAAAUUCUAACCAACGUUACAAUUCAAGUGCGGGACAUUACAAUCAAUAUAGUAAUCACCCUUCAGUAAAUCAUUCAAAUCCAGCAUUCCAACAAUACGGUAAUAAUGCUAAUCAACACAAUUUUGUACCGACCCCUGUAAAUCGUUGGCCACCCGGAAACACAUAUAAUAAUUCACGUUACAAUCCUUCACAAGGAGUAACGUCUAACUAUCCAACAUAUUUUAAUAACACUCCUAAUACAUUUCCGAGUUAUUCUACUCCUCGUAACAGUCCAACAAAUAGGUAUCCUCCGUACAACUCACCAAAUACGUCUCACCAAACUUAUCCACUUUAUAAUACUACACACUCACAAAAUAACUACAAUUCAAAUCAAUGGUCUUCGGGUGCACAAAAUCCGUAUAAUACAAGAAAUAACUAUCCAGCGUACAUACCUACUGAUGGACGAGCUUCCAACUUUUCGCGUCAAAAUUUCCCAGCAAAUAAUCCCGGUAGCUAUCCUACUCAAAGACCUUACUCACCUUCCUUACCAAACUCAUAUCCACAAUCGUAUCCAGCUGCACCAAAUGUUUUUCCGAACAAUCAAUACAAUAAAGAGCCAGACCACUUUUUCUAUUCACCAACUAGUAAGGACUCUAGAUACACUUACGAUCCUCGUAAUAAUCCAUCUCAUAACUUUUAACAAUUUUAGUGAAAAAAUUAUUAUCAAAACCUUAGUAGGGCAUUCAGAAAAUCUUAGGAUUUGUUGGAAUGUAUUUACUUAAUCAGUGCUCAUAUAAUGAGGACUGUUUAUGUAUUAGAGAUACGAAAUAUAAAUGUUUAUCAAUAAAGUUAUAAUCAUGAAUGUUGUGGUAUUCAUUAAUAAUAUUUAAAAAGUUUAUAAAUUAUAAGUUUGUGGCAUUGAUUUUAACAUUAUGUGUUUUUGCUUAUAUUGAUAUUAACAAAACUCCAGUUAAUUUUGUUUGCUUGUAUAAGUUUUGAAUAAUAUGGGUAUCAAAAUCCAAAUCCAAUCAAAUUUGUAAGUAUUUACUGGAACUAUUGUUUGCUCAUAUAU